GUUGGCUGCCCUGCCAGAGAAGCCCCCGACCAUCGACUGGGCUUACUACAAGUCUACUGUUGCUAAAGCUGGCAUGGUGGAUGAGUUUCAGAAGAAGUUCAGCGCACUGAAGGUUCCCGAGCCAGUGGAUACACAGACUGCCAAAGUUAAUGCCCAAGAGCAAGAAGCUGCCAAGAGCACUGCGGAGUAUGUGCAGGCUUCCAAAGCUCGGAUUGCUCAGUAUGAGCAAGAGCUCCAGAAGCUCAGGAGCAUGAUUCCCUUCGAACAGAUGACGUAUGAAGACUUGCAUGAAGCCUUCCCUGAAACCAAACUGGACAAGGAGAAAUACCCGUACUGGCCCCACAAACCAAUUGCUGAUCUGUAAACUUGUCUGGAAGCAGGUUGUCUAACAACUGUCAGGCUCGUAUGAUCUUUUAAAUAAAGUACUUGCCCU